UUCUGAACACACACUAAAACAUACUUUUUUUUUUUGCUUACAUUUUAAGUCUGUAUAACUUUAAAUACAAUCUUUUCUGCAUAUCAUGAACUAGUUGAUGGAGGUGUGAGGUCUUGUUCCAUUCCUGAUACAGAAUACUGGCUAGGUGAGCACUCUGUGCUGAGAGGUGAUGACACAAAAGAGAAGAAAAUCCAUUCUUGCUUAGGCAAGACCUGUACUUGGAGCCCUCCAACCCUUUCAUAUAGAUCUCUGGUUUUGUGCUACUCGCUCUGGGUAGUGUCUACGAAUCCUAAGCUCAGGUAUUUAUAUCGCAUCAUUAGCCUUCUAAUCUACUCAGGUAGUGCUAAGACUUUCCGAUACACAACUGGACAGGCAAAUGAAGAAGCAGGUCUGUUGUGGAGCCAGCCUCGUGAAGAGGAAAUAUAGGACUAUCAAGGCGAUGUGAGUACAUAGAGAACUACAGAUAAGUAUUAAAAUGGCAACUCUGAGUUCAGCGCAAUUAUUCUUUUGAAGAGUCUAGAUAGAUGGCUAGUCUGUGCAGAUCCAUGAAAUAAGGAUGGAAACAAAGAGUCUUUUGGUGUUUGGGAUUGGGGAGGACCCAGCAAUUUAGUGCAAGGGCAGUUGCAACGAUCCAUCCUGGAGAAAGGUCAGGUACUUCAGGUGAAGUGUCAUAUGGGCUCAAUGCCGGUUGAGAUUGAAGGAGGCUCUCUGGUGGUCCAAAUACUUGAGCUUUACUUUUCUCCAAGAGAUGCUUCCAAUCCUGCAGUUACAUUUGCCCUCUCAGAAGCCAACAUCUUCUUUUCCUUUUGCCUAAAAAUCACCAGAAAUUGGAUCUCAGAAAGUUCAGUGAUUGCCUUCAUUUCAGUGUUGAUGUACUGGUUCAUCACUUAUGUGAUCUCUUUACCUUCGAUUUAACUUAGUAAGAGUAUUGUCCUCACAUUUGAUUCUGAAUAAAGUACACUUGUAUUUAUAAAUGAUUCAAAUGCAUUACUUCCCGUAGAUAACUUUGAUUAUUUUUCUAGAUUUCAUGUCCAUCCAAGUACGUGCUCAUGGAUAGAGCCCAACUGGGGUUAGAGCUCAGAUGCUUAUCUCGAGACUUUUUGGUGAAAAUAUUAAGGAGGCGGCUAACGAUAAAGUGAUCAUAGAAGGGAACAAGUGUCAUAAGGCAGGCUUACGUAAUAAUAACAGUGGUGAAGAUGAAUGCAAUGGUAGCAAUCCUGGUAAUAUAAGCUUUGAAGGAUGCAGUUGGAACAGAGUAUCAGGUGUUCAAUAAACAACGACUGAGCCAAUGAAUAAACGAUAGAGGACCCGAUGAAUGUAGAGAUAAUGGUGGGGGUGCUGGAGGGGGAGAUGUUCAACACGGAAGUGAGAGUGGUGCCCACGUUGAUUUUGUUUAUAUGGUGAUGAGGCUAAUGGUAAGCAGAAAAAGCUGAAUGAAAAAUCUUAAGAGGAAUUUUUUUUUUUUUUAAUGACUCUCACUUCUAUGAUGCUCAAAAUGUCACUCUCAACAUGUGCACAAGUUUGUCCAUGCGGGCUUGUCUCUUCCCAUAGACAGCGAUGUGGAACUUGCAAAAAAUUCUGGUGGCCCCAAAGAGGCAAUGUCCCUCAGUUUGGAUUCCAUAGCCCAACCUCCCAAACUCAGGGCUGCAAAAUUAAGAAGAGUCACUGGAGAAAGAGAGCAACUCUGCUUUAAUUCCCUGUGCCCAAUGUCCUGCCCCAGGGGAAAAUUUGCUGAGACCUAGUCACACCCAGCAACCCCCGGGACCACAGCGAGGAGCCCCUGGGAAGCCAGGAUUUUCAGGAACACAAGAUUCAAAUAGGGACUUUAUUGUGUUGGAGUGAAAAGGACAAUGAGAAAGAAGUUACGGGCCUUAUUGUCACCCAAACAGCCAGGUACUGGUCAGGGAUGGUGCAGCAGAGAUUGGAGGAACUGAAGAAGAGGACUAAGAGAGGGCUCUGACCUUUCCUAGGUGAGGGCUAUUAGAUGGGUGGGAAGAAACCUUUUGGGACAUUACUGUACAUCUCCGAUCUUCACCUUCAUCCUGAAAACACUUUUCUUUUAGUAGCUCUGGAGAACCACAGCUUGUCUGGGCUAUGAGGGGCUUUAUAAGUUAUCUGUUCAAACUUCUUCACUUUAGAGAAGAACACGUUGACGUAAAAGAGGAGAAAUGGCCAGGCUCAAGAUUUGUUUUCAGUUGGCGGCCCAGCAAGUUGAGGGGGCCAGUUCCCAAAGAGAAUGUGUUUAUCUUUUUCUACAGCCCUUGGAGACUGAUUCCUUAGGACCCUGACGUCACCACUUCACACGCACUUUCCUAGUACAUAAUUCCUUUUGGAAAUCCUUCCUGAAAAUGCACUGUGUCUAAUCGUUGAUUCCUCAACUGGCCCCGUCAUUCUGAGCUUUGAGGGACUCUUCUGGAGAAUUCACCUUUCUUUCUUCUCCCUCCUCUCCCUCCAUCAGUCCUUACUGAGAACAUUCUUAAGGUCCAGAGAGGCUCCCUGAGCGAACUUACCAGUCACAUUUGAGAAAGCAUUUGUCACUUUUUCCAACAAUCAGUUGGGCUGAUUGUUGUAUGUGGGGGAUGUGGCACAGGUGGGUGCUGCAACCGUGGGGCAUUUAACCUGCACUGCAAGUAGAAGAGCCUGCACAUUUUCCUAUUUCUUCCAUUUCCUGGUGGAGUAUGUGGGAGAGUAUUCUGGGGCCUGGGACUCUGGUGUCACAAUCUAUACAAUCAGAAGAGGGCUUUGACCAGGAAACCCAGACUCCACUUCCACUCUGUCAGCAACAGUCUGUGAUAGUGUGCAAAUCACUUCUGCCUUCUGGCUUUCAGUUCCUGUUUUGAAAAGUGAGAGUGGUUUGAUAAGGCAUCAAGGGAUACCUUCAGGCUUAUGCAUUCUAUACUUCUGGCUCUGGAAAAUUUCUCUAGCAGAAUCCUGAAGUAGUUCAUUUCCUGUCUGUGCCCCUUGUUCCUAGGAAUCAUGGGUCAUGUCAAUCACACAUGGAUGCCGAGUUUUCUUCUGGCUGGCUUCACCACCACUGGAAUCCUGCAACCUCUGGCUUUCUUGGGGACACUGUGCAUCUAUCUCCUCACCCUGGCAGGGAACUUGCUCAUCAUUGUCCUGGUUUGGGCAGACUCUGGGCUGUCCACACCCAUGUACUUCUUCAUCAGCGUCCUCUCCUUCUUGGAACUCUGGUAUGUCAGCACCACCGUGCCCAUGCUGCUGCAUACCUUACUCCAUGGGCGUUCACCCAUCUCCUCAGCUGCGUGCUUUGUCCAGCUCUAUGUCUUCCACUCCCUGGGCAUGACUGAGUGCUGCCUGUUGGGUGUCAUGGCACUGGACCGCUACCUUGCCAUCUGCCGUCCACUCCAUUACCACUCACUCAUGAGCAGGCAGGUACAGUUGUGGCUAGCAGGGGCCAGUUGGGUGGCUGGCUUCUCAGCUGCCCUUGUGCCAGCCAGCCUCACGGCCACUCUCCCCUUCUGUCUGAGAGAGAUGGCUCAUUACUUUUGUGACCUGGCCCCACUAAUGCAGUUAUCAUGUGUGGACACUACCUGGCAUGUGCAAGUCUACAUUGCAGUUAUUGGCAUUAUCAAUGCAUGCAAUCUUUUAUUCAUUUUAGCUCUGUAUGUGGGGAUCCUGAGAGUUGUUCUAAAGCUGCCCUCAGCUGCCAGCCGAGCCAAGGCCUUUUCCACUUGUUCCUCCCAUAUAACUGUAGUGGUGCUAUUCUUUGGCUCUGCCUUCAUUGUCUACGUGGGGCCACCUGAGAGUCACCCCAAGGGCAUGGACAAGCUUAUUGCUUUGGUGUAUACUUUUCUCACGCCGUUUCUCAACCCCAUUAUUUAUACUCUUCGUAAUAAGGAUGUGAGGGAGGCUGUCUUGAGGGUCACCCAACGUAUUAGGUCUCUAUUGAAAGCUCUCUGAUGAUCAAGUCAUAGGGCGGUCAUUUGGUAAGGGUAAGUUUUAGAUGAUUAGUGAAUGAACUAAUCAAAUAAUUUAUCAAAUAUUCUGCAUAUGCCCAUCUAAAUGGAUUCCAUUUUGGAUUGGGGCAAAUUGGAAAGUUUGUAGAGGUUGGAGAAAUAGGACUCUAAACUCGUAACUACUUAAUAUGAGUGAAAGAUCACAUAAGUUAAAAAUAAUCAAAUCAUAAAUAUGUAAGUGCAAAUAUUUAUGUAGACUUAGAACUUAGAGAGAUAACUGUGUUUAAAAGACUUUAAAAGAACCAAAGCUGACUGUGGAAAUUUGCUCAAGUUAGGAUUCCUAGAUAAGCUCUGAACAAGUAGUAAAUGAGGUUAGCAGAAAGAAAAAUAAAAGAAUUUCUUGGAUAAAUGUUUGGGUGUUGAUUGGUGAGCCAUGGAAGAGGGUUCAUAAGAGUAUGGAGCUUGGUAUUUCUGGGUGAUCCUGCCAUAGAAGAAUGUUUAAAGAUGGAUCUGAGAACUCACUUUCUAAUCGGGAAGAUCAAGGGGUUAAUUUCUGGGGACGCUGGGUUUGCUGAUGCUUAAAAGUAAGUUGUAGAAAUAGAUCCUGCUCUUGAAUUUGAAAUCAUUAGUUAUCAACAAGGCAACAUUAUUGAUAACAUCUUUUGAGUGCAAAACCAGCUCUGGGAGACAAGAGGAAAUAUAAAAAGGAAGCACAAUUUUUGUUUUCAAAGAGCUUGCAGUUGUAUUUUGAGGAGCCGUUGUCUUCUCUGUCUCUGUCUCUCUCCCCGUCUCUCUCUCUCUCCCUCAAAUACACACACACACACACACACACACACACACACACACACACACACACGCACACACCAGUAGCAGCAACACAUUAAUUCGUAUCAAGAAAUGGACUUUUCCAUUUUACUUUCUGCAUAUCUGUGUUAGGGGGAGGGAAGGCGUGUAUGGCUUGGCAGAAAGGGAAUGAGAAAGAUAAAAGUUUUAAAGAAAUUUAUUCUGACAUUUUCCCUAAACCUGAGAUUUUGGAAUCCUCAUAUCCUGGCCACUCGGUUGGUACUUUUAUGAAAGUUCUCUUCAAAUUGGAUUGGAAACUGUACAAUCUCCUUUGGAGAUUCCAUCUUAGGAUAACAUGGCCCCAACUAUACUGAAAAUACCAAAGGAAAACUCAUUUUAAAAAUAAUUCUUCUGGGCAGCAUUUUAGAAAAUGACAGGGUAAACGAGCUUUGGGUUUCCUGUUUUUGCCUAACGGUGUCGAAAUACUUUAUUUCUAUUACAAGGAUGACUUGGUGUUUAAGUUAUUUUACUGGGAGGAAAAUGUGUAUGAAGUGACAUCCAGACUAUUCUUCCCAUGGAGUAACUCUCUUACUAAUAGAGAACAUGACCUGCCACAGGGUCUUACAAGGAUUGCUCUGGUCAGCUUUUCUGCUCUGGGCUUCCUUGCUGUCUCUCCUUUCCAGAGGUAGGAUUGGGCUCCCUGCUUCCCAGAACCAUCCCGUGCUCUCCCCUAAUUUCGUAAUCUCUUCCAUAGACAUACUAUUGAUACUUAAAUAUUUUGUGUCCUUUUUCUCAUUCAUUCUCCCACAGCAGGGAAAAAUGGAUAUGUGUCUUUCCAAAGUCAACAGGUAAAGAGUCUGAACUCAAAAAGUUUAACUCUACAGAGCAAGAUAAAACAAUAGCAUUGCAUUUUUUUUAUUAUUUUUAUUUACUUAAUUAAUUAAUUUUAGGGCUGCACCCGCAGCAUAUGGAAGUUCCCAGGCUAGGGGUUGAAUUGGAGCUGCAGCUGCAGGUCUAUGCCACAGCCAUAAUAACAUCAAAUCCAAGUCUAAUUUGCAACUUCUGCUGCAGCUUGCAGCAACGUCAGAUCUUAACCCACUGAGUGAGGCCAGGGAUCAAACCCUCAUCCU